AUGACGAAUUCUCCUGAAACAAGUUUCAAGCUCCGUGCCGUUCUUCGUUGCAUACUCGUCAACGAGUUCAUACCGUCGCGCGGCGACCGCCGACCUGUCCCAAAGUUCACGGCUUCGGUGGGUGUCUAUGUGGAUGCCGGCGUCCUGGCCAAAGCACCCGAUGUGAGAUUCCAAUCCAUUGAUGCCAAGCUCUCCAAUGCCUUGAGGAAAGUCAUUGACAAUGCUGGGGACAAGUCCAUGCAAGUGAAGUAUGACAUGUCCAUGAAGAACCAAUUGUAUGGGAGAAGUGGGGACUUCAUCAAGGGACGAGAACUAUUCGCAAUGAUACUGAUUAGCUUCAAGUCACCUGACCACACUGAAGUUCUCUACAACGCCCAUCAUUUGUAUAUGUUCAACUACUAUGGAGAUGACCAACUUGAGGCCUUCUACAACAAGUGGCUUGACAUUGUAUACAAUAUGAAACAUGAUGAUCUGCCUUCCAACAAUUCCCUGCGUGACACAUUGUUCCGGAAGAUUGAACACUCAAAGCUUAUGGCCUUUGAUAUCAACCGAUACAAAACCUUUGAUGAAGGGCAUCCUGAGAAGACCUAUGUUUACCUAACUGGUAUGAUCAAGGGAUACAUAGCAAGAGGAAAACAAGAACGACUGUUGAAAGAUAGAGAACGUGCAGUGAAACUGUCAUUGUCCUCUAACAAGACAACACCUGCUAUGGAAGAUGCCGACAAGCCUGCUGCUCCCGUUAAGACCAAGAAGGAGAAUGAAGCAGCUGCAUCUUCUACAGGUGAUAUCUUCGACAAAGACAAAGAUCCAGAAGAGAUGACUCUCCAGGAAUUGAUCGACGCCCAACCAGACCAUUGGAAGAAGGGCAAAGCCGGAGAAAAGAAGAAGAAGGCAACGAAGAAGGAGAAGAAAGAUUCAAAGAAAGACAAGGACGAGCCAAAGUCCAAGGACGAUGAAGGCCUUAGCGUGACAUGGCCCGACUGCGGCUGUCGCAGUCCAAAGGAACUGUCGGCAUGUUUGAAAACGGCCGCAGCGACGGCCGAUGAUCAGAACUUCUGCGUACAGUGGAACGUAGAGGAGCUUCGUGAAGAAGAGACUCCGCCCCCGUUGCCAGAGAUACCAGGCUCCGACGCCCAGGUGCUUGCCGGAGCAUGCUUGACAUCCUCAACUGCCGUCGAGGAGAAUGAUGAGCUGCGAGUGUUUCUGGGGGAGUUGCAGAGGAAGACUUCCCAGGAGUUCACUGAGGGGAAGUUGUGGCAAAAAACCAGGCAGAGUUGGUGCGAUGGGAAAGUGAAAGUUCUGAGCGAAGAAGGGCGGCACCUCGAAGGCGUGGUCGAGUCCCUUCGAAGUUCCAUCCGACAGUUGGAGAGCCAGGAUGACAAAGUUGUCUUGGCUGAAGUCAAAGAGGUCGCUGGUCUUCACAUCUCAACACAGUUGGCGCUUUUGGAGAAGCUCCGAGAGCGGCUCCACCUUGGAGGUGGAAGUUCCUCAGCCCUGCAUCGCUUUGCGACAGCUGUCAGGCAGCACUGCGACCUCGGGCAAGAAAGCCAUCUCAAGGUCUUGGAAGACAGGUUGGAUUUACUUCAGAGCUCCUCUGAGGCGAUGGCGGAGGAUUUCCGUGGCGAGGUGUCUCCGCAGGUGAAUUUCCUUCAAGUUGGUCAAGUUUCUGGCCACAAGGAGCGGUCCGAUCGGAGUUUCCCUCUCCUGAGCCUCUUCAGGUCGGAGCGACAGCCAUCGAUCACCAGGAUCCAAGAUGCUUCCGAUGAGAGCCUGCCGGCCAUGCCGGACGAUGAACGUCCCAAGGUCUUGGAACUCAUGGCGAGAUUGCACCAGGAGAACACUGCGACCAGCUCUAAGGAAGCAGCUUGGUGUGCAGAGGAGCGCCAACGGCAGCAGAGCGCCCUGCAACGGAGCAACGCUGCGGCGGAGGCUUCGGCGUCUGCUGCAAAAGCGGAAGCCGAGCAGAAGGCAGCUUUGGAGGAUCACUUGUCACACCUUCAGAAAGGCUUGCAGCUCUGCCAAGAGGCCCGCGAAGUCUUUGAGCAGGAUGCCAGUUCCAACAGCACUGAGGUGGCGGUGCAGCAUCAAAGGGAUCGGCAGUUGGCAGUCAAGGUUUUAGAGAAGGCUCUUGGUGCCGCAGCAGGUGCCAAACAGCACCGGACUGCGCAGCGCUACCUGACGGCUCUCCAACAGUCCUUCCAGGAGGAGCCAGAUCCGUUGCCCAGCUCUGCAACUUGGGUGUUGCAGCGCGGUGCAGAGCUGCAAACGGCGUUGGAAACAGAACAGCAGAAAUUGAUGCUUCACAGGGACUUCCAUGCGAAACGCCAGAGAAGACAUGAGGAGCUUGAGGAGCUUCACGUCGCACAGGCAAAGUCCGUGGAAGCCGAAAUCAAAAGCCUGGAGGAUUGUGGAGCCCCUCGCAACCAAUGGAAGGCGGAAGUUCAUGCUCUUGAAGACGCGGAGUUGGUUUUUGCUGGGGAACCUUUGGUGGCACCACCGCACAUGCGCGGUGCGCGCGGUGCCAAGCUCUCCGCCAUGGAGGAAGCCGCCGAAGCUCUGGGGAUCGCGGUCAAUUGA